AUGGCUGGACAAGAGAGGAUGUUUCAACUAAAUGAGUUGGAAGAAUGGCGUUUACUUGUUUAUGAGACAUCCAGAUCUUACAAAGAACGAUCAAAGUUUUAUCAUGACAUGCACAUCAAGAAGAACAAAGAAUUUAACGAAGGGGACAGGGUGCUGCUAUUUAAUUCCAGAUUAAGACUAUUUCCUGGCAAACUUAAAUCAAGAUGGACCGGGCCAUAUGUUGUUACAAAAGUUUUUCCUUACGGUACCUUGGAGAUUAUGCACCCCGAGAAGGGAAGUUUCAAAGUCAAUGGCCAUCAAGUGAAAAAGUACUAUGGAAUGGAAAAUGUGCAAGGAGUAGUUCAAUGUUGCAGGCUAGAACCUUGGGAUGCUGAGUAA